UGAAAUUUAAAUUUUAUGUUAUUUAAUUAAUCAAUUUUCGGGACGUUGGCUACUGUAUUAUUUUCAACGAAAUAGAUUCGUCGUUGUUUAGGCUACUUAAUAUUCCAUUUGACGUUGUAAUUUUCAGUUUGAAAUUUUAUAUAUCGAGGAGAAAAUGCCGGCUUUUAUGAUCUACGAACUGGAACAGACAUUGAGCGCUAUACGGUUUACCCCCCAAAAUGUGGCAACCUCGGUAUCCUUUGGAAAUAUGACCCAGGAAAAGCUUGUGGAAGACAACAUAAAAUCAAGGACAUUACUGAUCUCUUUUCUGCGUAUGAGUAGCAAAAGGAAGAUGGCCAUGCUAACGAAAAUGUUCCAGUCGGUUCGCAAUCUUCGGACUCUUGCGGACAUAUUGAACACCUUCGUGUCCGUCAACACCAAGCUGAUGACUUAUUCUAAAAUCUCGUCAGAUUCCAAUUCUUCCUAUGAACAGUUUGUCCAGGACCAUGACAGGAUGUUGGAUCAAGAUGCCCUUGAAGAAAUGGUACUUGACAACACAGAAUGGUUCACAACUCUGGGAGAUGCCGCACAGACAGAUAUAAUAACAAGUUUUAUGCGUUUAUCUGGAGGAAGUAUAAUAAAAAAAAUGUACACUCGUUUAAUAAAAAUAUUCAAUACAAGAAGUGCAAAAGGAAAACAAGAUGAUGAAGAAUACAAGUCUAAGACCAGUAUGAUUUUUCCACAAAACUGUGAAGAACGACUUUUCAAAUUUUUUGACUUCCAACCAAGAUAUGUUUACCAAGAUGAGGAGAGUGACUACAAUCCAGAUAGUCCAACUAAUAAAAAAGUAGUAGAGGCAAGAAAACAAUGGCAGGCGACUAUGGCGAAAUUGAGAAAAGAUAUUGAAGCAGAAAUUCAGAAACUGAAUGAGCCCAUUUUAGACAGAAUAGCAGAAAAUCAAGCUUCUAAACUGAAUAUUAAAAAAACAGACGACUCAAAAAAUGGCAAAGACAAUGGAACAACCAAAAAGACUGCUAAAAGUAAAACACAGGAAGAUACAGAUAUAGAUUGGGUCCAGUUUCUACCAGUUUGGAAUGUAAAAAAAAUAUUUGCUUAUCUAGAUGAAAAAACCCUAUAUAAUUUGAGAAAUGUUAACGACUAUUGGGCCACGAUAUCUAAGGAAGUCUUGGCUGAAAAGAAGGCGAGAGAUUAUCUGGAUUCAGUCAUAAAAAAAUCUGAGGAAUUCUUGGACAAUCUGCUAGAUAUCUCACCGGCCAGAACUGAAGUAGAAAUUGAAGAAAAAGUACUUGUGUCCGAACCUUCAGGUUAUAAAAAGAGAAAGGAAAAACAGAGAAGAACAGCAACAUCCAUUCGAAGAAAAAUAGAUUCAGAAUAUCUUCUUCAUAGUAAAUCAGUGUUGAGUGAAUGUUUCAAAGAGUUUGAUACCCAAAAUGCUAUGUUCUUGACGAAACUCAAAUCAUUUCCGACUGGCAUUCCAAAUCCUCUGGUCUGCGUUCAAAACGAAUCGACAGAUAUCAGCCUGAGCAAUGUUGCCAGUAUACACUUGAUUCAGGACAAUCUGAAAGCUGAGCCAAAAUCUCCUCACGGUUCCGAAAUGGACAAAGUAUCUUCAACUGCUAGCAUCAUGAGCUUGGUACCAUCCAUUGUUGUGUCUGUAGAUGAUAUGCAAACUUGGUGAAAAAUAAUAUUUGUAUCCUAUUUACAAUUUUUAUCAAUAAUCAUGUUUUGAAAGAUA